GGGCCCCGGUGGGGCGCCGCUUUCUCGUGGUCGCUGUCCUGCUUUGCCCUUAGGCCGCGCUAGGCCUCCGUUUGCGCGUUGUUAGGAGGAACGUUAAUAAGUUAAUUUUUUUUCUCAGUACUGCUGCAUGGUCUUAUGGAAAGAUGCACGCUAAGAACGUUUAAACUGCGUUACUGUCUUCACUGAAUGGGAGAAAACCAAAAUGGCAUCAGGGACAGUAAUGAAUGCCACUCCUUCAGGAGGAUCAAAUGAUGUGAGCCUAGAGGAACCAAAGAAGAUGACACGGGAAGACUGGAGGAAAAAGAAGGAAUUAGAAGAACAAAGGAAACUAGGGAAUGCACCUGCUGAGGUGGAUGAAGAAGGAAAAGAUAUCAAUCCUCAUAUUCCUCAGUACAUAUCCUCAGUACCGUGGUACAUAGAUCCUUCUAAAAGACCUACACUAAAACAUCAGAGACCUCAGCCAGAGAAGCAGAAACAGUAUAGCUCCUCUGGAGAUUGGUACAAACGAGGAGUUCAAGAGCAUGCUGUAGCAACUAGAUAUCGUAAAGGAGCUUGCGAGAACUGUGGUGCAUUGACACACAAGAAGAAAGACUGCAUGGAGAGACCCAGGAAAGUUGGAGCAAAAUACACAGGCAUGAAUAUUGCACCAGAUGAACAUGUGCAACCUCAGCUGAUGUUUGAUUAUGAUGGAAAGCGAGAUCGUUGGAAUGGUUAUAACCCAGAAGAGCACAUGAAGAUUGUAGAGGAAUAUUCCAAGGUUGAUUUGGCCAAACGUACACUGAAAGCCCAGAAGCUUCAGGAGGAGUUAGCAUCAGGGAAGCUGGAGCAAGUGAACUCCCCAAGACACCAGUGGGGAGAAGAGGAACCAAAUUCACAGACAGAAAGAGAUCAUAACAGUGAAGAUGAAGACGAAGACAAAUAUGCAGAUGACAUUGAUAUGCCUGGGCAGAACUUUGACUCUAAAAGACGUAUCACAGUUCGAAAUUUACGUAUUCGGGAAGACAUUGCAAAAUACUUGAGGAAUCUAGAUCCAAACUCUGCUUAUUACGAUCCCAAAACAAGAGCAAUGAGGGAGAACCCAUAUGCCAAUACCGGCAAAAAUCCUGAUGAAGUUGGUUAUGCAGGUGACAACUUUGUUCGCUACACUGGAGAUACCAUUUCAAUGGCACAGACUCAGUUGUUUGCUUGGGAGGCUUAUGACAAAGGCUCUGAAGUUCAUCUUCAAGCAGAUCCUACAAAAUUAGAGCUACUUUAUAAAUCCUUCAAAGUGAAGAAAGAAGAUUUCAAGGCACAGCAGAAAGAAAGCAUCCUAGAGAAGUAUGGAGGACAAGAACAUCUGGAUGCCCCACCAGCUGAACUGCUGUUAGCUCAAACAGAAGAUUAUGUGGAGUACUCUAGGCAUGGAACAGUCAUCAAAGGACAAGAGAAAGCUAUUGCUUGCUCUAAAUAUGAAGAGGAUGUAAAGAUCAACAACCAUACAUGUAUUUGGGGUUCAUAUUGGAAAGAAGGCAAGUGGGGUUACAAAUGCUGCCACUCAUUUGUCAAGUACUCGUACUGUACAGGAGAAGCCGGGAAAGAAAUUGCUAAUUCUGAAGCAAGCUUACUGGAAGAGCAACCCAGGGAGGAGGAACACAUGACAAAACCCAAAACACUGAUGGAGAUUCACCAAGAGAAACAGAAAGAGAAGAAAAAGAAGAAGCACAAGAAGAGCUCCAAUUCAGAUAGUGAGGGUGAAGAGAAAAAGAAGCAAGAAAAACUUAAAAAGGCACUAAAUGCAGAAGAGGCUCGUCUUCUCCACGUUAAAGAAAUCAUGCAGUUAGAUGAAAGGAAAAGACCAUACAACAGCCUGUAUGAAACCAGGGAGCCAACAGAAGAGGAAAUGGAAGCCUAUAGAAUGAAACGUCAGAGACCUGAUGAUCCCAUGGCCUCUUUUCUUGGACAGUAGUCGCAGUGAAAAUCAUUCCAGUACACAAGACUUUUUUUUAUACUUGUUUACAAUUCCAUAGAUACUUGUUUAUCCUCCACGUGCCCAAUAAGUGCCAGAAAUGGCAGAGACCUUUUUUUGCACCAAAGAAGUUGGUGAAAACUACUUUCAACAGACAUGAGCAGUUCAAUGCUUACAGCAAUUUUGUAUAUAUAUGUGUAUGUAUAUAUAUACAGUCACAAAUAUAUAUACACACACAUACAUAUAUAUAUAUAAUUAUACGUAUAUAUAAAAUUCAUAUACCUACCCUAUGAAUUCUUUGCUGGAAGAGAAAAGAUCUGAUACUGUCUGGAAUUCUACAUUUGUUUGGCCAACUAAUAUAUGCAUCGAGUCAUGAUACAUUCAGUAAAAUUGUCUGCUCAAAAGGAAUGCUCAGCAAGUGUCACUUAACAUACAACAGAAAUUGUUGGGGUGAGGGGGGGAAGAAAAACCUGAUACAGCUACUGAAGCCUCUUACUUGUAAAAUGAGUUGCCUGUCGCGUAGUUUUAAAAGGAGAAAUAGAUUCUUUCUUGAUCACUUUCUAGUAAGUAUUUUGGAAAUGUAAAAAUGAUUGCUUUGUACAGUUUUGGUUAAAUUAUUAUAAAGGUCUUAAAUGCU